ACAAUAGCAGGUUUCCAUUAUCCAAAGUAAUUCAGGAGAGCAGUAACUACUGUCAAAUGUUGAAGACGUUGCUGCGUAUGUCUGAUUUAAAGCAGCUAUUUGGGCCUCAAUUAUUAAUGGAAUUAGCAUCCUGUAAGGCAGAGACAGGCACAGCCUCAGGUAAGAGCACUGGAGUAAAUCAGAUUAGCAUGGUAUUUCCUCUCCUGGGGGAGCAGCCUUGGCUUCCAUUAGUCACUUAGUGCUUGCAUGUCAAUGAAAUUAAAAUGCUGCACAUAAUCCAAUUCCAGAUUGGGAGGAGCCGGGAUGUUCAGAGCUACUGAUGAGUCCAGAAACAUUCAAGUAACAGCCACCUUUGCCUCAGAGGCACGGGUGGGUUCGAGAGAAUAACGCCCUAGUCGCUUGCCCUAAAGGGGGUGGAAACACCAGAGAGAGCCAGGCGCGGCAGUGGAUGAGAUGGCAACCGGGUCCAUAUCACUCUUCCUCCUCCUCCUCGGCCUCCUCGCCGGAGGAAGCUCCAGCGCAGAUGCUGGAUGCACCAGAAACUCUACCCUGCAGCAUCUGACUUGGCGCCUUCUCCGCAAUUACAGCAAGGGAGUGCGGCCUGUCAGGAACUGGGCACAGGCCACGACGGUGUACCUGGACCUCUUUGUCCACGCGGUGCUGGAUGUGGAUUCACAGAAUCAAAAGCUCACGACAAGUAUUUGGUUACAGCAGAGCUGGAAGGACGAAUUUCUCACCUGGAACUCCAGCCUCCACGAUGGGAUCAGGGAGGUGUCCCUGCUGCUCAGCUCCAUCUGGUCUCCGGAUAUCACCAUCAAUGAGCUUGUGGAUGUCAGCAAGUCUCUCGAUAUCCCCUACAUCUACGUGAAUGCGAGCGGGAUGGUCAGGAACGAAAAACCCAUGCACGUGGUGUCUGCAUGCCAGCUGGAGCCAUACGCCUUCCCAUUUGACACCCAGACCUGCAGCCUGACCUUCAGCACCAUCCUGCACACUGUGGAGGACGUGGACCUGGCCGCGCACGCUGCAGACAACAAGCAGGUCUUCCUGGCCGACGGCGAAUGGGAGCUGCUCUCUGUGCCCACCCGCUACCAGGUCCUAAGCACCCACAGCGGGCGCUAUGCCGAGGCCCAGUUCCACAUCGUCAUCCGGAGGCGGCCCCUGCUCUACGUCGUCAGUUUGCUGAUUCCCAGCAUCUUCCUGAUGGCCGUGGACCUGGGCAGCUUCUACCUGCCCCCCACCUGUGGCACGCGGAUCACCUUCAAGGGCAGCGUGCUGGUGGGCUACACCGUCUUCAAGGUCAACAUGUCGGCCGAGCUGCCAGGCACCGCGUUCAGCACGCCUCUGAUCGGGGUGUUCUUCACCAUCUGUAUGGCCCUGCUGGUGCUCAGCCUCUCCCUGUCCAUCCUGCUUGUGAAGAGCCUUCAUCCAGGCGAAGUCCACGCAUGGCAGAGGCUCACUUCUCACUGCUAUCGGGGGGAGAGCGGCUUGGAUGGAAAGGAUCAGGGGGCCAACUCCCAGGCAGCUCCGGCGUGCACCGAAGGUGCCCCAUUGCCGGGGGAAGAAGCAGUGCGAGGAGAAGAAGGACCCUGGGAGGGGAUGCCCACCCAGAAGGCCGCGAUGGAGGAGAUCCUAGCUCAGCUCCUCCUCAUCAGCUCUCGCCUCCGUGCCCUGCAUCGGGACAGCAGGCAGGAAGCCGACUGGCUCCGGCUCUCGUGCAAGCUGGACACGCUGCUCUUCCAGGUGUAUGCCGGGGUGGUAGCCGUCUAUGCCAUCACGCUCAGUGCCCUGUGGGCAAUGUGGAGCUCGCAGCAGCAGGAGGGAUAGAGGGCACAGCGAUGCUAAUGGCACGUGCCGUCAGGGCACACUGGGGGUAGGUCCAGGCCGGGGGGACUGGAGAAGGGGCCCUUCUUUCUCAGGGGCCUGGGGUGGAUGAAGGAACUGACCUUUCAGUGUCAGGGCACCAUCUCCAACCGCAGAGUCCCAUGGGGAUGGCACGCUGCCCUCUCCCAGCACAGGGCCCAUCCCGUCCUUCGCCAGGGUCACCUCCUGCUGCUUUCCAUCCAGAACCGAGUUCCCCCUAAACAACAAAGAAAUUAAAUGCACAAAGCCUUUACCUGCAGCUGCCUCUUGCCACUCAUUACUGCAGUGCUGGUGUUUAGCUCCAAUUGCCCAUGAAAUGCUUCCCCUGCUCCUAAUGAAAUGAAGAGGAGCAGACAGCUUUGGAGCCACUGCCCCGCUCCCACCUCUUCCUCCCUAAUUUGGAGCCAUGUCCCCAGCAGUGCCCGCAUGGAGACACCCGGGAGUCUCCUCUGCCCCGGCAGCUGCCUGAGGCUUCCCACAGAGGCUGAAAUUCAGCAAAAGGGGCAUUUCCCACCCAGCUGCAAGCCACACUCCCGGUCCUGCCACCCCUGGCUUGCUGUCCCGUGGCCUCAAUGAAAGCAUUGGCCCCUGCCGGUAAGAGCAGCCCUCUGAUGCACCCUAGUCUAGAGCCGUUACUUCAGCAAAGUCCCACGACACGUGCUCAUCCUGUGCAAGGCCUUCCCUGUUCAGCAAGGCACGUAAGCACAUGCUAUGCUCUGCUGCAGCUGCGGCAAGAGCCAAGGGCCUGGGGGCAGGACCCCGGGGUCUCCGUAGCUGCACGGACUUGCUCCGCUUGCUGUACUGCUCUGCAGGACAGAGACCAAAGCAGCGCUGCUUCCCUGCGAGGCUGGGGCGUGCUUUUCUGCAGCUCGAGCUCCCCAGGUGUCGCAUCAAUCCUGUCUCCCUCUCCCGCAGGGCGAUCGUUUGUCAGAGGACUAUUCGGAGGAGACUGGAGAGAAGCCGGUUUGUAGGAGAUACACUUUAGACCCAGGCCAGGCUUGUGCUCAUUACAGCAAGUGUCAUUACAGGGCACUUUUUACAGAGACACAGUUAACUGUUCCCUCCAGGGCCCCAGAACUUCGUGUUGCUGAUAAUUAAACAAUGAAAUACAGUAGAAAAGAGCCUGUCUCCCCGGCGUGGCUGGUUAUUUAUGAGCCCCGUUCAUUUUUUAUUAUUAAGGAUGGGAACACAACUUGGGAAGUUUUCUUAUCACUCUAAUAAAAUCUUAUUUUCCAAGCACUGCCGGUAUAAAUUUGAACCCAUUACCUCGGUCAUACAAUCACGGGGGCUCGUAAAGAGGAAUAAAGGCAACAAGAAUCGCAGAUGGGGAAAACCGAUCAGGUCACCUCGUCCUCC